AUGCUGAACAAAGGAAUUGAAACGAUUUGGAAUUCUCUCAACAGAGGUGAAGACAAUUCCGUGGAUUUAUUCAACGUGGAUGUUUACUCAUUUUUAACAGAAAGGGGAAAAGAAAAAUUUCAAAAAGUUAUUUUACCCCACCUCUUAUACAACGCGCAGAAGGUGGAUGAACUGAAAAAUGUUUUAUUUGAAGAUGAGGCUAAUCCAAGUGGUGGUGAGUUCCACUUGAAGAAUGUGUGCCAGGUGAAGAGAGUAGCAAACGAGAAUGACUUGUGUUUGCUGGUAAAAUUGGAAGGGGGAAGGGGAAGUAGGCCGGAGGUGAAGACCCCCCCCCACGAAAUGUUGGUUUUAUCGAAAAAGGCCUUUUUUAAAAUAAUACAGAGGGGAUGCUUUGCUACAAAUGGACUAGAGCAUAAAAGUGAAGUGCUACUGAGGACGGUCCUACAAAUGUGGAAACAUAAGGAGGUGUUCUUUUCCAAUAAUCGGGAGAGUGCUCUCCUUAGGGGGGAUAAUUCACAGGGGGGGGUUACCCUUUCUGAUUGGAAGAAGUGGAGCGAGAGGAACUGCAACGCGGGGGAACCUUCCCUCCUAAGGGAAGACUACCAUGUGAUGGAAAACGAAAAUGUGCUCAACGAUGUCAUCCACGAGAGCAUACUACUGUUGACGAAAAAUGGUAGGCUGAGAUGUAGCACAGAGGGGGACCCACAAAAUGGAGACCUAUUAAUGGGCACACUUAAGCGGAGAAAAUUCACUCAAAUGAGGGGUUCCAGAAGGGAAAAGAAAUGCGUCGACCCGAUGGGCAUAUUGAAGGCGUUCCUAAAGAAGGACGCCGGAGGGGUAAAGCACAACGACGCGCUAAGCGAACUUCGCGAAUGCACCUUUCAGCCGAAUGUUCGCAAGUUUGUGGAAGCCGAAGUGGGUCGCGUGGCACGGGAAAAACGGGAGAUGCACACCAAAGAGGGGAUCGACGCAAAGGCCGAGCGAGAGGAUCUGUUCGAACGGGCGGGUGGUCACAUAGCAAGCGAUGUGCACAAACGCCUGUUGGAAGAGUCCUCAGCUGAGCAUGCCAAUCGAGGGACGGAAGAUGAGCGCGUCGCCACGUAUCUGCAGAUGUGCUGUCUGUCCUACGGGGUUGAUAUGGUAAGAAAAAAAAGAGACAGCAUAAAAAUGGACGACCAAUGGACAUACUAA